CUGCUUUGUUCAAAAUUCAAGUUAUUUAUCACAUGACUAAUUGAAAGCUAGACUAAAAAUUAACAGUAGCAGUGGAAAUCGCACCCUUGUAUCUCUCGACAACGAAACAACAUUCUUAGGAGUGGUUCUGAAAGUCUUUUAAUGUUUUUAUUACAGUGUUAAAUAAUUAAGGUGUUAAUUAUUUUUAUUGGAAAUUACACCCGCCUUUAUCUGAAGAACCGUUGUGUUGAAACUAACUAGCCAUUUUAACACAUAACGAUUCCAACAAUGAAAUAAACUACAGCUUGUAAGGAUCCACAAGUCCGCAACCCCCGAUGAACAUCCUGUGUGGCCCGAGGAAGACAUAAAUUAUGUUCAUGUUUUAUGUGGAGCCCCGCAGCGUUGUUUGUUUAUCUUCUGCUCCUUGAGAAUCGCUGUAUUCAGCAACUCGAGAUUCUGCCUCCGGUUGUUGUAUUUAUAGGAAUUUUACCUUUUUUCCGUAGCCGGUUUGUUUGUUUGUUAAAUGUGUGUUUCAUGUGCAGUUCGUUUCGGAAACAAAAAAACAAACUUCCUGUCUAUGGAAUGCCUGAUGCCCCGUCGAAAAGAAAAUAAUUGGAAAGAUUUUAUGGUUAAUGCUUGCAAGAUUGAUGUGGAGAGUAAAAUUGGUGAAGACCAAAGCAGGUCUACCAGCAAUUUAAGGCGUUUGAAGAUAACUGCAGUUGGAGAUGGUCUAGUAGGAAAAACAUGUCUACUCAUCACCUACACAACACAACGGUUUCCAGUUGAAUACGUCCCAACAGUGUUCGACAACUUUGCAGACACAAUCACAGUUGAUGGGCAAGAGUAUAAUAUGACCUUAUGGGACACAGCGGGGCAAGAAGAUUUUGAAAGAUUAAGACCUCUAACUUACCCAAAUACUGACUGUUUUCUGUUGUGCUUUUCUGUUGGCAAUAAGGUUUCCUACAGUAAUGUGUUAUGUAAAUGGUACCCAGAACUGAAACAUUAUUGCCCUCACGUUCCAAUAAUUUUAGUUGCAACAAAGUCUGAUCUAAGAGAUGAUGAAAACGUGGAGACUCUUAAACCAAGCGAUGGCAAAAGAUUAAAAAGAAAAAUAAGAGCUACAAAGUACAUGGAAUGCUCAGCGCUGAGGAGUGAUGGCCUUGAAGAAAUUUUCAGAGAAGCAGUCAGAGCAGCAUCCAAAAAGCCUAACACCAAGAAAAAGCCACUGUGCUGGCCAUUCAAAUAAAUAUCACAAUGAAUAUAUUUUAAAACUCCUAAUCAACAAAAUUAUACUCUUUCAACCAAUGGUUAAGGACAAUUAUGAACAAUUUUACUUAAAAAUUCAGAAACAAUUUCAAAAUCAAGGAAUUCAUCUUUGCAAUAGGAUGAAAAAUAAUAACAGAUUUUAUUCUAAUAUUUUCAUAAUAACAAAAAUUGUUAUCGUAAAUCUACUUAGGUAUUUCAUCCUGUGUUUUUGUCAACAUAAAGAAUUAAUAUAAAUAACAUUUUAUGCUAUAAGAAUAACAAUGAAUGCACUGAGUUUUAAUGAAAUGAGUACAAAUACAAGAAAUCUCACAUAGGUGAAACAUAUUUUUGGUUUGAAGUGCAUAAGAUUAUUAUAUUAGUAACUUUCUCUAAUCAAUUGCUGAGUUCCUCAAAACAACCAUAAUCAAACUGAUAGGUCGAGGAUUAUGUAUCCAAUAAAAACUAUUGUCCUUAAUGGAAAUAAAAUGCCUUUUGUAUUGUAUAAUCCCUGAUACAAAGAAUGGCUGUGGAUGUUUAUACACAUGGCAUAUUGACUGAUUUAUAUAUUUAUAAAACAAAUUACGUUAAGCAAAAAAGUAUGUAUAUCAUAAAAUUGUAAUAAGUUACUUUUGAAGGUAUUUAUAUUUAUUACUGAUGGUGUGUUAAUCUAGUUUUAUAGAGUCAUAACUGUUUGGAAUUUCUUCCUUUGAAAGGAGAAUAAUUUUAUUUUUUAAAUCAUGUACAGCUAUGUAUUAUAUUUUAUAAGUUUGUAAUCGUUAAUUAAGUAUAUUCACGAUUUUUAACAUUAAACAACUCAUUUUUAAAUUAAUUGUAACUUAAAAGGACUCUUUAAAAGAGUAACAUUAUGACUAGAUUAUGUUGCUGAAAACAUCUGGCAACAAAUAGGUGAGUCUCGGGAAUAUAACCAAUAGAUAUGAUGUAGGUAUCUCACAAAUAUUCAACUCUGGAGCAAAAACAUAAAAACUUAAUUUUUGGUAAGCUUUUGAGUUUCCAUAUUAGUGGUUCAACAUAUAUUUACCUUUUAUAUGUAAUAGAAAUCAUUGUUUUUUUUCUCUAUUGCAGAAUUAAACCCAAUAUUAUGGCUCAUUUACAAACUUCUUUAUUACUUAUUAUACAAUAACAAAUAAUUUAUCUGUUUUGCUUACCCAUGUGCAUCACAACAGCUGAAUGUUUUGUAUAAUUUUUAAAAUAAUCAUGUUAGCAGUUAUUAUUAUACUAUUGUAAAUAUUUAUAUGUAUACCUAAUUCAGUUCGGCAAUGAAGCAACUAACUAUAGUUAUAUAUUUCAGAUUAAUAGGGUUGAUAUAAUUAUUAAUUUUAAAAUAAAGCUCCAAUGAUUUUAUGGUAAAUGAAGGUAUUUAGGACUGUAAUAGGUUCCUAUGAUUAUAGUGUGUACAUAAAUUAAUUCAAUUCCUUAAGCUGGAUAUUUGUAUAAAGUUGUUUAUCGUUUAUGGAACAUGUAAGUUUAGGAUACAACACAAAAUCAGCUCAACUAAUAAUUCGCUAUUAUAAUUGUUUUGUUUUUUUUAAUUUAAGAAUUUCCAAAGAUAUGUACAGUAUGAAUUGUAUUAUAUAACACUCUAAGUAUUGUUAGUAUUUUUAAAUUUUAAUGAAUAUUAUAUUAAAAUUUGGAAAAAAAAUAUAUUGUUAUAAAUAUGUAUAAGCUCAUUAUUUUAAAAGACCUGUUCUUCCAUUUCUAGAAACAAUCUAUCUUAAACAUAAAGAAACAAUAAGUAUGUUAUUUGCUAAUUAGACUUUCAUUAUAUAACUUUUAUCAUCAUGUUUUCCCUUUUAGUUACUUUAGCAGUGUAUUGUGAAAAAACCUGUGAUAAAGAUUGUUCCAAGUUGACCUGUCUAAUGCUAAUUACCAAACACAUUAAGUUCAGGAAGGCCUACUCUCCCAUCUUCUUCAUUUUUUUGGGCUUUCCGCUUUGUUUCAAGCAUUUAGUUUAAGUCUCAAGUGCGACUCUAACCAACUUAGUUCUAUCCAUUCCACCGACAUGGUAAAAAACUCAUGCCCUUCUAAAAAUUGUUACAUAAAAAUCAUAUAACUUCAUUUAUCUUGACACACUGACUCUUCAGUUAAUCCUAUAUUAUCUAUUUGCCUCAGAAAUAGAAAAUUACUGAAAGAAAAUGGAGAGAGAUUAGAGCAGGUGGAUAAUUUCCAAUAUCUGUGUGCUUUUCUCAAUUAAAGCAAUUUAUUAUUAUUAGUUAUUAUACUUUGGAGGGGUUUUCUGGGUAAAAGAGAGCUCACCAACGAGACAAAAAUGGCUGUCUAUAAAUAAAUGUUUCUCUCUAUCCUAUCGCAAUCGUGGAUUUCUACCUCAAAACACAUAAGACAAAUCUAAUCUAUGGAGAUGCGAUACCUUCAUAAACUUGAAGGAAAGAUCUGAUGAGACAGAAUCCAGAACACCACCAUACAGACCAACCUCGAAGUUAAACUGGACGAGACCAUCCUGAAGAAGCACAAGCUAAUGUGGUUUAGUCAUCUCCUUAGGAUAGAUCAAGAAAGAACUGCCAGGAAGACCUAUGAGACCCGUGAGGAGUGAAAGAGACCAAGAAAAAGAUCGUGCAUCUCCUGGGAGGACAGUGUUGAGAAUUUUCCAGAAGUCUUAUGAAUUGGGUAGAAAAGUUGCUCAGAAAGUGAGAUAACUGAUUCAGACUCUGUAAGCAGCAACUCCAUCGUGAUACUUAGGGAUUAAAGAUAAUGAUGUCUCAGAAUUAUGUUUGACUUGAAUAUCUAGUCGUCUGACACAAUUUGUUUAGAGUACAUAAAUGCUACUGAUUUAUAAUUUGUUAUAUUUGCCUUUUCCUGAGACUUAUUUAUUAUCUCCAAUAAUAAGAGUUCUAGAUUUCCAGAUGCAAGCAUUCCAGAUUUUAAAUUUAAUUCGUUUUUCUAAUAAUUUGGGUGAUAUUUAAAAUCAAGAAAAAUUAAUCAGCUCAACUUUAUAAAUUUCUAGAAUACCAGUCAACAUUUUGCCAAUUAAAUAAAUGUGAACAAAACAGCUAUCCAAAGUAAGAAUAUUUAAGUUAAGAACCCAUGACAAAUAUCCUGUCUUUCACAAAAGUUACAGUGGAUUCUUGAGAAAAUCCUGAUUUUCUCUUACCAAACAAAAUUUCUAAAAUAAUUUAGGAAAUCCUAUUUUUUGUACUCUUGGCUAACCAUUUCUACACAUUUAUAAACAUAUAAAAAAUUCAUGAAUUUAAAAAGGAGUUGCAGUUUCAAUGAUUUCCUUAUUUUGGCAAUAAAUAGAGCAUUGAAUCGAUAAAAGUUCUAAAAUCUUGCUUAAAAACUAAAUUAUAGUUGGGAUAUACUAAUACAAUAAAAAAAGUAGCAUAAUGAGCACAUUUGAAAUUAUUUAAUUAAACACCACAUGUUUAUUAAAUAAUAUAUUUUUAAAUAACUUUUUUUUUAUCAAAAGCUUAAAUUAAAUACAGUCAAGAUUUAUAUAUAUAUUAUAUUCACAUAUAUUACAUCAAAUAACUAAAACUAUUUUGUUUUAAGUCCAAAAUUAAAACAAAAAUAAAAUAAAAUAAAAAAAGUUAACACAUGCACAUCUUUUUACUUCAAUUCCCAAUUAGAGGUUUAUGAACUGAUAUAAUGCUUUAUUGUAACAAUAAUAAUUGUUAUUUUUCGGGAAAUAUCAGGUUAACAGAAAUGAAACCUUUAUGCUCUAUUAGCAUAAAUUCUAUUGCUAUGAUAAAAUAAAAUAAAUCAGUAAUCAGUUAUUAUCAGAAAGGUCAAGUGUAGACCAAUAGAAGACCUUUUCUGAUGAAUAGAAGUGAAAGAAGGUGCAUAUGAUUGGAUCUUGUGUUAAAAUCACUGUCCAUUAAAUAUUGAUGCAGCUUCAGCUUUUGUUGUAGGCUGUUGCAUCACUUUUCCAUAACCACCUCGUCCAGCAUCAUAUUCUCUUCUAUAUUCAUCACGAACCUAUCAUAAAAACAAAAAAAAAAGUUUAUAUAUUUGAUGACUAUGGAGUACCUAUAUAUACAAACACAAUAUGCAUUAAAGUUGAAUGUUCUACAGUAUAGGACUUCAAUGGAAGUUUUGUGCCAACGAGAAAAAAAAGUUGAAUGUUUUUUAAAAUUAUAUACUCCUGGUGUGACUCAGGUCCAAGUGUUGACAACUUAUUUUACUACUAAGCUUAUUGAUUGAGCCGUGACAUAUAUCAGAUAUGGUUAUAUUUAAUCAGGUAUUAUUGUUUAGUUUGCAAAAGAUAUUUUGACCUUGAUUAGAAUUUUUUAAUUUUUUUUUUUAUAAAUAAAUAAGAUCCUAACACUGGAAAUUGAUUUGGAUUUACAGGUUUAUAAUUUGCUUAUCAGUUAAAAAUCUUGGAAUUAUUUUUAACCAAAUACCCUCAAGAAAAAACUACAGAUCAAACACUUUUAGUAUACUGUCAUACUAAAAAAAUAUUGUAAAUUAACAGCUGGAAAACCAAUAAAGUUUGGAUGGAAACACUUAACGCUUAAACCAGUAUAAGAACAUUCUGAUUAAUAAGUUAACAUAUUCAUUAAGUACAAUUUAUAACAAAAAUAAUAAAUUGUAUACAUUACCUGCCCACCACUCUUUCCCCUUCCAUACUGCCUUCCUUCAACGAACCCUGCAUCCCAGUCUGUUCUUAUAAUACGAUCGUCAAGCCUUGUUCCAUUAAUAUACCUCAUAGCGCUCUCAGCAUCCGGACGUUGGUAAUACCUACAAAUGGUAUUAAGGAACAAUAGAUUUGACAUCCUAGUAUAUUGAUUUGAUUUCUGUCAAAAAUAAAAUGCACUUGUUCCUCUAAAGCACAUUUGAUUAGGGUUAUUUUAAAAAAAUAACUCUCUCUAUAAAAAAUUGCAAAAUAUAACUUUUGAAAGAAUUUGAUAAUUGAAUAAAGGAGAAAAAAGAAAAAUGGUUAUCCAGAUCGAAAAUGAAUCUCUGGAAAUAAUAAUAUCUAACAGAUAAAGUUGUAGAAGGUAUCGGAGAGUGACGAAAAAAAUAUAAAUAAUAAUUUCUGAAAACUAACAUUAUUUAACGUAAAUCACAAGUUUUCAAGGAAAUUAAAUGGAAUUUGGUACUAAAUGGAAACGUUAAAAUUUUUUUUUAAGUUUGAAAAAAUUAUUACAAUUCACCAAGGCAAUGACAUUGUUUAAAAUACUAUUUCAUUGUAUUUGCCUGAAAGAAAAGUGAUAAAAUUUUAGAAAAUUAAAUUAGUGAAUAAUUUGAUGAAUUUUCACUCUGUGAAAUCCCAACAGUAUCCACUUAUAAUUAGAGUGACAACUUUUGACCUACUUAUGAAAGGCAAUGCAAAUCUUGUAAUUCUAUUUUAGUAAACUUUGCAAUAGAAAAAAACAGAUUAAUAAUUAAUAGUCAUAUAGCUCAUAAUCAACAGAGCGUACAAUCCAUAAUCAACGGUCGAUAUAAUAAGUAGGAGUUUUUAAUGGUAUUAAUGAUUUGUCAAACUCCACAUCUAUAAAGCAGUCUAUCUCCCAACAUUAUCAUAUGGCAGCAAAAGCUAGAUUAACCAAGACAAGCACUCCAGCAAGAUUACGGCUGUUGAAAUGAUAUUUUUACGAAGAAUUUUGGGAAAAACCAGGAGGACAGAGGUAAGAAAUGAAAGAAUAAGAGAGGAACUCCUGAUACCCUCACUAAAAGCAACUAUGGAAUGCCGGCAACUUAGAUGGUAUGUACACAUGUGUAGAAUGGGAGAAAGCAGAGUACCAAGGAAAUGCAUGGAAGCGAGGCCAACUGGUAAAAGAUCAAAAGUCAGACCUAGAAGAACAAAUCUGGAACAUAUCUAGUGACUAGGUGAUGAAAGGAAAAUCCUAGGUCAGGUGAAGGAAUUGGCGAGAGACAGUGAAGUAUGGUUGAAGUGGCUUGAGGCUCCUCAACGCUGAAAGGCACACAAGGAGGAAAAAUAAGAAGAUGAUUUGUUAACUGUAUGCUAUAAGCUUUAACUUGAUCAAAAAUGCAUUUCAAAAAUUUUAUAAUAGCCCAACUUUGGUAAAAAAUAAUUUAUAUUCAAGCAGAGCAGUAAGUGAAAGUUGUGUGUUUCUCAUACCAGAUUUUUUCUAGAUCUCUUCAAAUGGUGGAAAAAAUGUCUGCGAACAAUAACUAUUCUACAGUUAUGAUUAUUUGAUAACUAACAUUGCAUUAAUGAUCAUUUGAGAAAUUAAUGUAAUUUUCAUAUCCAACCAACUAAUACAAGAUUUAUUUUAGUAAAAAUAAUAUUACGUGUUAAUGUUAAUUAGAAAAGGGGUUCUUGUUCGACAGAUAAAUUCUGAAUUUUUAGUAUUUUCAAAAAUAACAAAUAAGCAAUAUAAUCUACCAUGAUAAUAUUAAUGUUAUCUAUAAUAUUCUAUAGUAUAUCUAUGAUAUGUUAUUGAUAAUAUUCAACUAUUAUCAAUUUUACAAGAUUUGUUUAUAAUAAUAUUCACAUAUCAUACAUUAUAUGAUAUGUUAUGUCAUUAUCUCAGUCCAUCUCCCUGAUGUCUAAUGUGGAUGGAACUGUGAAAGAAAAAAUAAAUAACACAACAUCUAGAUGAAAUAAAUUUAUAUUAUUAACCAUGACCGAUCCUUCACAAACUUAUUCUGCACUAAUUUUUUUAUUGUCUUGAAUUUCUGUUUCAAUUUGAAUCUUUGUUAAAUCUCCACACAUUUAGAUUUGGAUCUAUCUCUAAUAAUUUAAAAUGUAAAAAAAAAAAGGAUACUCUACAAAGCAGAAUCCACAUGGAAUUUUCUUAUAUUUAUCCAAUCCCAUAAUAAUCCUCUUAAUAUCACCACAUUUUGAAAACAAUUCAUAUAUUUGUUCUUCUGUUGUAUAAAACGAUAAAUUUCCAAUAUAUAAAGUAGUUGAUACGCGAAGAAGUCUUUCCUGUUCUGUCCGAGAGCCCUGCGGAAAAAACAAAAAUUUAAAUAAGGAAAUAUCUCUUCAAUUUUCUUACUUUUUUUUUUUAAAUUACGAAAAUAACUUUUUAUUAUUAAUUAAAAAUUCAAAGGUUAAAAAUCAAUUUAGAUAAGUAAUCAUGCAAAUUAUUUCAGCAAAUGUUGACAGGAUGAAUGAUGAAUAACACCUGAAAAAUGUAAUAAAAAAUUAAACAACAAAAUAUACAAAAAUAAAUGAUGCUAUAAACUUAUUCAUUUAUUUAUUGGGAUUAAGUUAGUAAAUUAAACAAAGUCCACAAAGGCCAAAGUGAGAAGUUUUGGCAGCUUCUUAAUAACAAUUUAUUUAGAAAUUACAUAGAUUGCAAUUAAACAGAGCAGACUACACAUUCAUAAAAAAAAAAAUAAAAUAAAAGUGAUUUCAGAAAUAAAUUUUUUUUUUUACAAAUAAAGAUAUAUUUUAAAAAAUAUGUACAAAUGAGCUAUAUAACUCACAUAUUUUAACCAUUCAUAAAAGUAUAAAAGCCAAAUCUACUAACAACAAUUAAUAAUUUAAGUGAUUAUGACUACAAUAAUGAAGGUAGAACUACUAAACCUCAAGUAAAGAAAUUAAACAAUUGGAACAAUGGACCACAGUUAAAUAUCUUCAAUAACUGACAAAGAAGUAUACGGUUACUCUAACAUGCCUGGAGGUGUAAGAAUCAAAGGAAGCAGAUGAUGUUCAACAGAUUAAUCAGGAAACAGAUUUAAUUGGAUCCUGCAAACUGAAAAAGAAAUAGACCUGCUAGACUUUCAAAUAUCUGAUGAAAUAGUCUAAACUUCUUAUCAAAUUUGGUAGAGAAAAGAUAAAAAUUUCUCUGAAUUCAGCAAGAAACAAAUUGAAAACUUGUGAUUGUUAUUAAGAUCAAUAACUAUUCUCCUCACAGAUCAUUUUCUGUCUAAGAAGCCGUGGAGAUUGAGUUGAAUUUUAUUUUAUGGCAGACCCAUGGAGUGGAUCCCGACCUUCUAACUCUGGUCAAGUGUUGACUUGGUGACUUGUAGGAUAAUCGCUCCAUAUAUCAAAAAUAACCAGAUAUGGAAAAAAAAAAAAGGAGGCAAUUUCUUGUUGAAAUAUCUAUAGAAAUGACAAUUUAAAUUAAUGAAUUUGCUUUCCACCUAUGUUUAGAGUAUGCAGAAAAAGACUAAGCAUAUUAGCUAAUGUACUCUCUUUCUACCGAAUAAAACAAUAAUGAGGUGAGGCUAUACUCAAACCUGAAGAUAUUGUUAUGGCUAAUCCUAGGGAUGUAUCAGACUUUAUCAGAAGUCUGCGAUUUGUUUAGAACAAUAAAGUCCAGAGGGUGAGUUGGGACAAAUUGAUUUAAGUGAUAAAUGGUAACACAUCCUUCAAAUACAAUAUAACUCUGAUUUAAACAAUGAAUAAUCAGAUUUUAUAUGCAUUCUAUAAAUAUAAAAAUGGACAACAUACAACAAAACACUAACAUUAAUGCAUAAAAACAAUACAGUAUACAAAACCCUUUACUGAAACAUAGAUAUUAUCACUAGUUAUACAAUUAAAAGAUUAUUCAAAUUAAUGUUAGAAUAAUACAAAAUUAUGUUAGACAAAAACUUCCAAAAAAUUAAAAUAAAUGAAUAUAAAUAAGCAGUAAGGAACCAACUAACAUUUUUGUGAAAUUAUUUUAUACAUUUAUUAAACAAUUUUCAUUUAACAACAAAAACCUAAGUGUUCCUCUAUAUCACUGUUUGAUGUACAUAGAUAUUAAAGGUAUAUUGUGAAAUGAAAAUGCUUGAAAAAAUUAUUAAUAUCACAAAAAUGUUGGAUGGUUCCUUAAGGCAUAUUUGAGCUCAAGAAUUCUCCUACUUUUCUUCCAAAACUAACAGUUGGCCAGACUUUAGAUAAAUGAUAUAACAGAUUCUUUCAAGUUUUAUAAGAUUACUUGGUCUUCCAACAACUUCUGUGCACAGCAAGCCAGUCAGUUAAAAAUCCAAUUCUCUGAUAGCUUCUACAAUAUUACUCUUGAUACAUAAUAUGUAUGCACGUUGCAAAUGUAGCUCCUGGAAAGCACAUUGGUAUGAAGACAGUAAACCAGUUAAUGUAAUUAAAUGUAUUCCUUAGAUGAAAAAGAUGUGAUGACUGAUUUACGAAAGAUAUGGAAAAAAUGUAAUUAUAGCAGUAAGAAAGCAAAUACAUUUAAAAACGGAUUUGUAUAAUAUAUUUUAAAAAAUAUGUUAAAUUUUAACUUGUAACACAAAAAGAGCAAGUGUAUUUUUCAGGAUUAAUUUAAUAAUUAGAAGUAAAUAUAUAAACACUAAUGGAAUAAUGCAUUAAUUAUAGGCUCACAGAGAAAAUCACUGAGCAAUGUAUUACUAGUACUGAAGUGCAUAAAAGUUCUAAAUACCAUAUUGUGUAUGUCAUAAUGAGUAUCAGAAAUACAUUGGUAUUUUGUUCGGAAACAUAUUUGUAAUUAUUUUUUGUUCAAUAAACACAUUUCAUAUAUUAAAUACAUAGUUCAAUACACAUAUUCAUGCUAAUUAACUGUACAUCAUACUUUUUUGUUUUUUCUCAAUCUGUUUUAUUUUAUUUACAAGAGUACAUUAAUUGUAUUUCAAUUAAUAACAUACUAUUUUUGUUUUUAAAAUAAUUAAUUUAGUACAUCCUGUAAUAGUUAUGAAUAAUUAAUAUCAGUUGUAAUUUUCAAUACAAUCUUAAUAUUUAUUCAAGCAAACUUAAAAGCCACUAAGUUCAAGCUGUACAAAAUGUGAAAAUAAACAGUGGUUUUGUUUACUUUACUCAAAAACAAAAAGCAACAACCUAACAGUGGAAAUACUUAUAAUGAUAAUUUAAAACGAAAAAAAUUUGUAGAGCAUUUCGCCCUAUUUUGGUAAAUUAAGCAAAUAAAUCCUAUCAAUGUCCUAUGGAGAUUACCAAUAUUAAUUACAAAAUUUAACAAUCUAUCAGUGGAAAUACAGGAUGAUAGUCAAUGGUGGGAUAAAAAAUACUGCCUAAGCCAUGAACGGAAAUUAUAUCCUCAUAUCGAAGAAUUCUAAGGCUAAAAAGGCAACCGAAAGGAUGAUAAUCAAUUAAGAGAAGACAAGAAACUGUGAUCAAAUAAUUAUAUUAUUGUAAAACCAAUUAACAUAAUUGUUUAAAGAGUUGAAGUCCUUGAUACAUUUAUAAAAAUACAACACUCAUUUCAAUUACAAUAAAAAUUAUAAUGGUGUGAACUAUAAUUUUUUCCUCCUGUUUUUUCCCCUACAUCAGGCAAAUAUUAAUCCCUCAGUACAUUCUCAAGCAAACAGGGAUAAGAUAAGGAGGUACGAACAGAUCUGAUACUAAAAGAUUUAAAGAGUACUAUUAGCACCAAAUGAUUUAUCAUAUAUCCAUUCUCAAAUAUUUAUGAAUGUACCAUCAAUGGUAAAAAGUAACUUGAAAGAUGAUACUACAGUAAAAUAUGUUCCACUGCUAUAGAUGUACAAGUUCUAUCAUAUUCUGGACAAGUAAUCUGAGAUAAUAAUUGUAAAAACUAGUUUGUAACAAAAAAAUUCAGUAUAUCGGGAAUAUAAAAAUUCAUGAACAUUUAUGAAUUGCCAAUGAUAAGUACAAUGACUUGAAAAACAUACAUUCCGAUGAUAAACAAAUAUACUUAAUAACAUGUAAGUUAUAGAUUAAAAUAAAAAAAAAAACAGAUUUUUGUUUUUUUUUCUUUCUAGUACCUCCAUUAUAAACUCUUUAGUUUAUAUUUGAAACGUGAUGAUGAGCGAAUAGGUUCUUACAAAUGAUUUAUGUACUGCAGGUAUGUUUUGCCACCGAUGAAAAUGGAGUAACAUUUGUGCAGUAUCUUAAAUUUUAAUGAGAUGACCAAUUUACAUACUGCCUUUAGAAAUAUAAUAUGGAAAGUAUUUAAUGAUAAAUUGGAAAUAAUGCAUCAAAACUAACACGAACUUUUGCUCUUUAAGUUUGUAAAGUAAACUAAAAGGAAUUCAGUGGGUUUCCUUAAAUGAGUAUAACUAGCCCAGCAGAGAAAAUAAUCAUCAACAUUUCACUACUUCUGAAAUUCUACUUACAGUAUGAUCAAUGUGAAUUUGACCUAUCUGUCAAGCAGAUAUGGCACUUGUGAACAAAUACCAUAUAGAUAUAUUCAUUGCACUAAGAUAUACGAGAUAAUUGUAGAUCAUCCACUACUUCCUAAACUUUUAAAUAAAACCAAAUCUCAAAAACAUUACUAAAUCGACAAAUGAAGUCCUAUUUAAUGCCAGACUCAAAAUGAUUUUAAAUUAUUAAUUGCUUUAUGAAAAUAAUCAGAAUUAUAAUUAAAGGAAUAUAAGGUUUUAAUGAUCUUCCAAUAAACUUAUUACUAAAUCAUCAAUAAUUCCAAUACGUUUGUAUUUAUAAUCAAAGUAAAUAAUUUUAAAGCACCUUUUUACUAGUAAUACAAACUAGCAAAAUUCCCUUAAUUAAAUUGAGGUGUUGGUCUAAGUCUCUGAGAGUAUCAGCUCUACUUAGAAGGUGAGAGGUCUAUUAACUAAAUGAAAAUAUGUAGAACUUUAUAAACACAAGAUAAUUUAUUGAAGUUUAAAUUGAAUCACAAAUCUAAUAGAUCAAUUUAUUUUAAUACAUAAAUAAUAAAUAAACUGAAAUAAAUUUAACUUAGGAAUAGAACGGAAAAGUUUGACUAAAAUUAUAUUAAAACAUAAUUAAUCUAUACUUUUAAGACUGUUAUGGGCAUUAAAAUUUCAAGUAAAUAAACUUUAAAUAUAUUUCACUAGUAGAAACUAUGAAAGUUUCAAUCUCACAACACAAAAAUUAAGAAAAAAAUAAGAGAUCAAUUAAAAAAUACAUAAAGAUAAGCUGGCAGAAAUAUAAAAAUUGAUAAAUUUCAUUAUACUUUUACUAAUAAUUUUUAUCAAUAAGAUUUGUGAUUAAUAUAAGCUGAAGGUACAAAAAAACUCUGUAAAUCAUCUCAUUAUAAAAUUUGGUCUGCAUAUCCAAAACUUAUACCGAAACGAUAAUUUAAAAGAAGAAAAUGUAUAGAUUAUAUCGCCAUAUUUUGGAAUAUUAAGCAAAUAAAUCCUAUCAAUGCCCUAUGGACAUUACCAAUAUUAAUUACAAAAGUUAAAUUAACAACUAUCAUACAGGAUAAAAGGGUUAAAUUGUUGCGAUUUCUUUGUUAUUUUUGCCAAUAAAAGAAUAAUAAAGUUGUAGAUGUAAGCUUGAUAAUAACUUUAAUCAGAUGUAAUAACCAUUCAAAACAUACAAACUAGAACACAACUACCUUAAAAUGCUGGUCCCUGUAGGUACUGAGUUCGACGGAAGGAGUCACCGAAGUAGGACUCAUCGCCUUCAGGAGAUUCAUUUUUACAAAUUUCACAUUCGAACAAUAAAAUACACACCAAACAGUAACGUCCCAGCUAAACCUAAAUACUACCACGAAUAACCU